AUGGCGGACAAGAUCUCCACGGUUGUCCUCAAAGUUGACCUUGAAUGCGCGCGAUGCUACAGGAAGAUGAGGAAGGUCCUCUGCAAGAUCCAAGACAAGAUGAACAUCAAGACCAUCUCCUUCGACGAGAAGAACAACGCCGUGACGGUGUCCGGGCCGUUCGACCCCGACAAGCUGUGCAGGAAGCUCUGCUGCGAGGCCGGCCGGGUGAUCAAGGAGAUGCAUGUCAAUGGCAAGGAACAGAAGGCGGACAAGGACGGCGGCGGUGGCGAGAAGCAGAAGGCACCCAAGGACGGCGGCAAGGCCGAGAAGGACGGCGGGAAGGCGGAGAAGCCCAAGGACGGCGGCGGGAAGGCGGAGAAGCCCAAGGAUGGCGGCGGGAAGGCGGACAAGGAGAAGCCCAAGGACGCCGCGGCCGCCAAGCCGGAGAAGAAGGUCAAGUUCGACGACGCGCCGCCGGCCACGGACGCCAAGCCCGGCAAGGCCAUGCCGCCGCUGCCGCCCGGCAUGAGCAUGGCCGACCUCGGCCCGCUCCUGGAGAAGAUGAAGCAGGCCAAGCAGCAGGGCGGAGGCGGGCCCCAGCCGCCGCGCGGCGAGCCGCUGGGCCCGCCGAUGAUGGCGCCGCCCGUGGCCGCGCAGGGGGUGGCCGUGCCGUCCAUCUGGCCGGCGCCGGCCGGGCCCAUGUCCUACAGCUACGACCCGACGCCGUACGGCCAGCCGGCCCAGCCGUCGUACUACGGUGGAGGCUGCGGCGGCGGGUGCGGCGGGGGUUGCCAGUGCUGCAGGCCGCCCGUGCCGGCCGGCGGGUACUACGGCGUGCCGGUGCACGACCACCAGGGGUGGUACCACGGCAACCGGCAGCCGUACUACCAGCAGCAGCAGCAGCCGUACUGCGGCGAGGACCCCAACGCCGGGUGCAGCGUCAUGUGA